AGGAUUCACUUUAUGCUUUCCUCUUAUGCCCCUGUAAUCUCUGCUGAGAAAGCCUACCAUGAGCAACUCUCUGUUGCUGAAAUCACGAACACAGCAUUUGAGCCAUCUUCCAUGAUGGUCAAAUGUGACCCUCGACACGGGAAGUACAUGGCUUGCUGUCUGAUGUACAGGGGUGAUGUGGUGCCAAAGGAUGUGAAUGCUGCAGUUGCCACAAUCAAAACCAAGAGGACAAUUCAGUUCGUUGAUUGGUGCCCAACUGGCUUCAAGUGCGGUAUCAACUACCAGCCACCAACUGUGGUUCCUGGUGGGGACUUGGCUAAGGUUCAAAGGGCUGUUUGCAUGAUUUCUAACUCAACUAGUGUGGCUGAGGUGUUCUCCAGGAUUGAUCAUAAAUUCGAUUUGAUGUAUGCCAAGCGUGCAUUCGUUCACUGGUAUGUGGGUGAGGGCAUGGAAGAAGGAGAAUUCUCAGAGGCUAGAGAGGAUUUGGCUGCUCUCGAGAAGGACUAUGAGGAGGUGGGAGCUGAAUCUGCUGAAGGAGAAGACGAAGAUGGGGAAGACUACUAGGUUAAACUUGUGAAUGAACAUCAAUCAAGCCAAUGGUCUCAUUGGUGAUUUACUUCCUUUAUUUGUGUCGUCUGGUUUGUUUUAGCUUGUUGCAUCAUGUUGCUGCUUUCUAUGCUUAGUUCGUUGUUUCUGUUUGAAAAUUAAAACAUCUGAUGUCUGGAUUGCAAUAUAAUCUCUCUAUGUUCUACUUGUAUCUGUUGUUCCAUCUUUCAUAUGGUAGUUUUAUUGUGAAUUAUA